AUGAAUUUGGCAUCAUUUUUCACUGUGAGCAAAAUCAUGAUUUUUGUCACCUUCAUCACCAAUGAGCUUCUUGACAACCUGAUCACAGCCAGCCAGGUGUUUGUGGUGGUGAUGCUGUUCGAGGCUCUGCGGUUUUCGAGCACCCUCUACUUCCCCAUGGCCAUCGAGAAGGUGUCAGAGGCCAUUGUCAGCAUCCAAAGAGUCAAGAACUUUCUGUUACUUGAUGAGAUAACACAGUGCUACCCUCUGCUGCCAUCAGAUGGUAAAACUAUUGUGGAAGUGCAAGCUUUUACAGCUUCUUGGGAAAAGGCAUCAGUGACCCCAGCCCUACAAGAACUUUCCUUUACUGUCAGACCUGGUGAACUGUUAGCUGUGGUUGGACAUGUGGGAGCAGGAAAGUCGUCACUGUUGAGCGCUGUGCUGGGAGAGCUGCCCCCGAGCCAGGGGAAGGUCCGCGUGCACGGGAGGAUCGCGUAUGUUUCUCAGCAGCCCUGGGUGUUUCCAGGAACUGUGAGGAGUAACAUUUUAUUUGGGAAGAAAUAUGAAAAGGAACGAUAUGAAGAAGUAAUAAAGGCUUGUGCUUUGGAAGAGGAUUUACAGUUUUUGGAGGAAGGAGAUCUAACUGAGAUAGGAGAAAGAGGAACCCUGCUGAGUGAAGGACAGAAAUCCCAGGCCAGCCUCGCCAGAGCCGUGUAUCAGGAUGCAGACAUCUACCUCCUGGACGAUCCGCUCAGCGCAGUGGAUGCAUUAGUCAUCAGGCACUUGUUUGAAAAGUGUAUUCAUCAGGCCUUGAAAGAGAAGAUCACAAUCUUAGUCACUCAUCAGUUGCAGUACCUAAAAGAUGCAAGUCAGAUUCUGAUAUUGAAGCAUGGGAUAGUGGUGAAAAGAGGAACUUACUCUGAGCUCCUGAAAUCCGGGAUAGAUAUUUUUUCUCUUUUUGAGAAUGGGAAUGAGCAGUCUGAACUAUCUCCAUUGCCAGGAACUCCCACUGUGAUCUCUGAGUCUUUGGUUCAGUCUCUCCAAUCUCCCAGAUGCUCGUUGAAAGAUGCAGCUCCAGAAGACCAAGAAGCUGAGAAUAUACAGGUUGUACUACCUCUAGAGGACCAUUUGGAAGGAAAAGUUGGUUUUAAGACCUAUAAAAAUUACUUCACAGCUGGUGCUGACUGGUCUGUCAUCAUCUUCCUUAUUCUAGUAAACAUUGCAGCUCAGGUCGCCUACGCCCUGCAGGACUGGUGGCUUGCAGACUGGGCGAAUGUACAAAGUAACCUGUAUUUUGGGGGAUAUUUAAAAGAAGAUGAAGAGGUAGUAUUUGUUCUGAACUGGUUCUUAGGAGUUUAUUCAGGGUUAACUGUGUCUACUAUCCUUUUUGGUAUCACAAGGUCUCUGUUGAUAUCCUACAUCCUUGUUAAUUCUUCACGAACUUUGCACAACAAAAUGUUGGAGACCAUUUUAAGAUCUCGAGUAUUGUUCUUCCAUAGAAAUCCAAUAGGAAGAAUUUUGAAUCGUUUCUCCAAAGACAUUGGGCAUAUGGAUGAUUUGCUGCCCCUGACAUUUCUUGAUUUCAUCCAGACAUUUCUACUUGUGAUUGGUGUGGUCGGCGUGAUGGUGGCUGCAGUUCCUUGGACUGCUAUACCUGUGAUUCCCCUUGGCAUCGUUUUCUUUUUUCUUCGGCGAUAUUUCUUAGAGACGUCACGAGAUGUGAAACGCCUGGAAUGUACAACACGGAGCCCUGUAUUUUCCCACUUAGCAUCUUCUCUCCAGGGACUCUGGACCAUCCGGGCAUACAAAGCCGAACAGAAGUUUCAGGAACUGUUUGAUGCACACCAGGUUUUGCACUCAGAGGCUUGGUUCCUGCUUUUGACAACGUCCCGAUGGCUCGCUGUGUAUCUAAAUGUCAUCUGUGCCAUCUUUGUCACUGUUGUUGCCUUUGGGGCUCUGAUUCUGGUAGAAUCUUUGGAUGCUGGGCAUGUUGGCCUGGUCCUGUCGCUCACCAUCAUACUUACCAGGAUGUUCCAGUGGUGCGUCAGGCAAAGUGUGGAAGUUGAGAACAUGAUGAUUUCAGUAGAAAGGGGGAUUGAAUACACAGACCUUGGGAAAGAAGCACCCUGGGAACUUGAGUAUCGUCCACCACCAUCCUGGCCCCAUGAAGGAGAGAUUUAUUUUAGAAAUGUGAACUUCAGGCAUAAGUCAGACGGGCCUCUGGUAUUGAGGAAUGUGUAUGCAGCCUUUUACCCAGGACGAAAGUAUGGCAUCGUGGGAAGAACAGGAGCUGGAAAAAGUUCCCUCAUUGCUGCCCUUUUUAGAUUGUCAGAACCUGAAGGUGACAUUUGUAUUGAUGAUACCUUGACAACGCGUAUUGGACUUCACGAUUUAAGGAAGAAAAUUUCAGUUGCACUUCAGGAACCUGUUUUAUUCACUGGAACAAUGAGGAAAAAUCUGGAUCCCUGUAAUGAGCAUACAGAGGAAGAACUGUGGAAUGCCUUAGAAGAGGUGCAACUUAAAGACACCAUUGAACAUCUUCCUGGUAAAAUGAAUACUGAAUUAGCAGAAUCCAGAUUGAACUUGAGUGUUGGACAGAAACAACUAGUGUGCCUUGCCAGGGCUAUUCUCAAGAAAAAUCAGAUAUUGAUUAUUGACAAAGCCACAUCAAAUGUGGAUCCAAGAACUGAUGAGUUAAUACAAAAAAAAAUUCGUGAGAAAUUUGCCCAGUGCACUGUGCUAACCAUCGCACACAGGUUGAGCAAUGUCAUUGACUGUCAAAAGAUAAUGGUUUUGGAUUCAGGGAGACAAAGAGAAUCUGGAUGGCCAUAUCAUUUGCUGCAGAAUAAAAACAGCCUAUUUUACAAGAUGUUGCAACCACUGGGUGAGGCAGAGGCCGCUGCUCUCACUGAAAGGGCGAAACAGGUGUACUUCAAAAGAAAAUAG